UAAUUCUCUACACACUUGUUCACAGCCUCAGACUGCCCAUCUGACUGCGGAUGGUAAGCAGUACUGAAGGCUAGAAAAACUCCCUGCAAUUUGAAUAGUUCUGUCCAGAACUUACUAGUGAAAACUGCAUCUCUCUCAGAAACAAUAGAGUUAGGAAGGCCAUGCAACUUAAAAACAUGUUGAACAAACAACUGAGCUAAAGAAGAGGCUGAAUAUGGAUGGCUUAAGGGCAAAAAAUGGGCAUAUUUAGUGAGACGGUCAACAAUGACCCAUAUCACACUGUGUCCCUUAGAAAUAGGAAGACCUUCAAUAAAAUCCAUGGAUAUGCUGAACCAUGGUCUUUCAGGAACUGGUAAGGGCUGUAAUAACCCAGCAGGGGACACAUUUUCAGCUUUAACCCUCUGACAUAUAUCACACUCCCGCACAUAAGCCUUGAGAUCAUUCUUCAUUCCUGGCCAAAAGAAAUCCCUCCUGGCACGAUGAAUAGUUUUAUCAUAUCCAGCAUGACCUGCAAGAGGACUAGCAUGUACAUAAUGCAUAAUGGAUGCUCUGAGUGGUUGGCUGACAUAUAAACGCUUUUUGUACAAAAUCAAAUCGUCUCUAACUGCAUAUCUACUAUCUGUGAAUGUGCCAUCUUUAAGUUGUUUAAGUAAUGACAAUAGUUGAGAAUCUUGAGAAUAACUUGCCUUCAAUUCAGAUAACCAAUCUAGAGUAGGGUAAGAUAUGAGAGAAAGAGAUACCUCCUGUAAUUCUUGCUCAUCCCUGUGAGAAAGAGCAUCAGCCACUUUAUUAUCCUGGCCUUUCUUGUAUUCCACUAUAAAAUCAUACCCCAAGAGUUUGGAUACCCACCUUUGUUGCAUAGGGGUUCCAAUUUUCUGCUCCAAAAUGAAUUUUAGGCGCUGGUGAUCAGUUUUAAUUCUAAAUGGGUGACCUAAUAGAUAAGGCCUCCAUUUCUUCACAGCUGAUACUAAUGCCACCAACUCUUUCUCUUAAGUAGACAUGGAAAGAAAUCUACCUUUUAACCCUUGGCUGAAAAAGGCAAUAGGCCUCUGACACUGCAUAAGCACUGCCCCAAUACCUCUCCCGGAUGCAUCACAUUCUAUUUCAAAUGGUAAGUUGAAAUCCGGUAAGGCCAAAACAGGGGGGUGUGUGACUGCCUUUUUAAGAUCCUCAAAAGCCAUGGUAUGAUCUGCUGUCCAAUGAAAAGCAUUCUUCUUUAGUAGCCCAGUUAGAACCGCAGCAAUAGCCCCAUAACCUUUAAUGAACUUACGGUAAUAUCCCGUAAGACCCAAAAAUCCUCUCAAAGCUUUUAGGGACUUAGGAAUAGGGCAUUCCAACAUAGCCUUUAGUUUUGCACUGUCGGCCUUAACACCUUCAGCCGAUAUGAUAUGCCCCAGAUAAUCAACUUCUGUGCAACCAAACCUGCACUUGCUUCUUUUAGCAUAGAGCUGGUUUUUCCGUAGGAUAUCUAGAGUGAGUUCCAAGUGCAAGAAGUGUUCCUGCUGAUUUCUGCUAUACACCAAUAUGUCGACAAAAAACACCAAAAUGAACUUCCUUAAGUAUGGCCUAAAGAUAUCAUUCAUUAAGCUUUGAAACGUUGAUGGGGCAUUAGUCAAACCAAAAGGCAUGACCAAGAACUCAUAGUGGCCCUCAUGAGUUCUAAAUGCUGUUUUAGGUACAUCCUCGGGCCUUACCUGGAUUUGGUGGUAUCCUGAACGUAGAUCUAGCUUUGAGUAAACUCUAGAACCAUGUAACUCAUCUAGAAGUUCGUCUAUAACCGGUAUAGGGAACUUGUCCUUCACCGUUUCAUUAUUAAGAGCCCUAUAGUCCAUACACAUUCUCCAAGACCCAUCGGCCUUACGAACCAGCAAAACGGGAGAGGAAAAAGGGCUUUGACUAGGUACAAUGACCCCUGAGGCUAAUAGCUCCUGGACAAUUUUCUCAAUUUCUUCUUUUUGAAAAUAUGGAUAUCUAUAGGGUCGAACACAUACCGGUUUAGCAUCAUCUUUAAGCACUAUAGCAUGGUCAUGAGACCUACUGGGAGGGAGUCCCUUUGGUUCAGCAAAAACAUCUUCAAACUGGUGGAGUAAUUCUGUCAAGGCAGUGUCUUGAACCGGCACUGUAGAGUUCUCCACAUUCUCCAAUAACUGAAGCAAAAGUCCCUUCUGACUUUCUUCUUGAGGGCUGGUAAAAUUGGACUCCACCCAUAAUCUGUUUGCUGCUAAACCUUGUAGUUUACAAUGCUGCUGCCCCAAUGAAAACUCCAUGGUGAGGUCCUUAAAGUUCCAUAAAAUGGGACCAAGAGUUGCCAACCACUGGACACCAAGAACUAUGUCACACCCAGCCAAUACAAUUACAUAAGAUUCAAACAGAAAAUCAUGAUUCUGCACCUCCACUUUCACACAAGCACAUUUUCCUUCACUCACAGCCACUUCACCAUUGGCUACUUGAACUUUGACAAUACAGGACUUGUUGAUUACUAACUGUAGUUUACUCACCAAGGCUGAAUCCAAAAAAUUGUGGGUACUCCCACUAUCAAUCAGAAUAACCACCCUGUGCUUUCCAAUUCGUCCAAUCACCCUCAUAGUCUUAGGGUGAGUGCUGCCUGUAAUAGCAUGUAAAGAGAUCUCUGGAGUAGCUUCACAAUAGGAAAACUCCAUCAUAUCAGAUUCUGGCCCUACCGCCUCUGAAUGAUCUCCUGGUACUUCAUUAGAAAUAACUUCCACACUUCCGAUCAAGAACAUCUUAGGGAUUGCACAACGAUGCCCCGGAUUCCAUCGAGAAUCACAAUUAUAGCACAACCCUUUCUUUCUCCUUUCCUCCAUUUGAAGGGGAGUAAUCUUCUGAACGGGCACAACAUCCCUUUGGAAAUUACCACUAUUCUGCCCAAUAACAUUGCCUCCCCCUUGAAAAGUACCACUACUCUACCCUGCAACAUUGCCGCCUCCUUUUUGUGCAUUAAAAGCAGUAGGAUUUGGAUUAAAAUUCCUAUAAUUUCUUCUUGCAGCUGAAAUAUUUUCUUCCUGCAUUUUUGCUAAGCUAAAAGCUUCUAACAAAGAACCUGGAUUAAACAUUUUUACUAGAAUCCGAAUGUCAUCCUUGAGUCCACUUAAAAAGCAACUCAGUUUAUUAUCCUCAGAAACACCUCUUAGUCUAUUAGUGAUAGACUCAAAUUUCCCUUUGUAUUCUUCCACAGUGGAAUAUUGUCUAAGCCUCAUUAACGUCUCCAUGGGGUCAUCGUAGGAUGAGGGCCCAAACCUAGCUAAUAAAGCAGUAGCGAAUCCCUUCCAAGAAUUGAAUUGGUGGGAGUCACACAUGUCUUGAUACCAUAUCAAGGCUUUUCCUUCCAUGUGUAUGGCAACUAAGCGUAAUAAUUGCCUAUAAGAAGUGUUAUAGAAUUCUACAUACUGUUCAACUCUGUACAGCCAUUCAACAGGCUCAUUCCCAUCAAAUUUAGGAAAAUCAAUGCGGACUGACCUGGGAUUCAUACCACUGAAAUCCUCCAUAUUCUGUUCCUGCCCUGCGUGCAUAUCAUCAAAAUUGUGCAAUCUGGAAUGGUAGUCUCCAAGAAACCUCCUUCUUGAAGAGAACUCUCCCCGUUGAUAACCUGCAUCAAUUUUGGAAUGAUAGUGAUGAAAUCCUUCCACUCUGGGUUCUGGGCCUUGCUUGAAAAGAAACUCAGAAUUCCUCCCAUCUUGAUACUUGGAACCGCUCACAAGCUCCUCCCUGUGCUGGAAUCGGCCAUUCGAGUUUUCUUGAAAUUGGAGCAACAGGAAUUGAUACGUUCUCACCCCCAUUUGGUAUCAGAUGCGUCUUAAGAGCCAUUGCAAACUGAGAGAUAUAGUGAUUGAUUCAAGUGCACAGACAUGGAACAAGAAGCAGAGAAAUCCUUGAUUCAGGCAGAAAGUUCUGAUGGGUCUAACCCAAACAGUUCGGAUCUUGUAACUCGUGUAAGGAAUAUGCUUUAUCGCCGAAUGCUGGUGGGAAUUAGAGAUGGACGGUUUUUCUUGGGCACUUUCCACUGCAUUGACAAGCAAGGAAACAUCAUUCUCCAAGAUACUGUGGAGUAUCGUAGCGCCAGACGCUCCUCUCCUUCUCCAAUGGAACAGCGGUGCCUCGGUCUUAUUCUCAUCCCUUCCUCUUGCCGUUCCUCAUGUCAUGUGGAUUGUUCUAUUGAAGAGCAAUUGUCACUGCUAAAAUUUUAGGGAUCAAAGAGCAGUUCUGAAUUUGAUAACUUUUCUGCUUUAAUCAAUGUGAUAAGAAUCGUUACAUUUUCCUUGUUUUGUGAUUAUUAUAUUGUUGUUUCUUGAAUAGAAUAACUCCCAAGAGUUUUGCUUUUAAGUAAAAGAAGGAAUGUUGUAAUUGUUAUU